ACGGCAUUGUGCAAUGGAACGAGGCUGAGUAGUUUGGCCACCUUCACCGUCGCUGCGUCGCAUAACCUCCCGUCGCGCGUGUAGCAACUAGCAACACCUCUUCUCCUUUUACUUCGCCUCGCCUCGCCAUAACGACACGCGCAUCUCCCUACCUCGAUACGAUUCUUCGUCUUCUCUUCCCCGCGAUCGCGCCAGCGCCCCCGAAAAACCCUAACUACCUGGAGCCUCGACGGCACCUGCCGCAGGCGACGGCGAGCGACCCCAGGCGGUGGUAGACGGCGCAGCGGGUUGCCCCUUGUGGAGGCGGACGGCACGGCGCAGGUCCUUGCCUUCCCGGCUAUGCGAAUUGCGGUAUGAAGCUCAAGCGGCGACGCGCGGUAGAAGUGCCUCCAAGUAUAAAAUCUUUCAUCAACAGUGUUACCACUGUUCCUCUUGAGGAUGUAGAAUUGCCGCUGAAGGAUUUUGCAUGGGAAUUUGACAAGGGGGAUUUUCAUCACUGGUUGGACCUUUUCAAUCAUUUUGAUUCUUUCUUUGAGAGUUAUAUCAAAUCAAGGAAAGAUUUGCAUCUUGAAGAUAAUUUUCUUGAUGUGGAUCCCCCAUUUCCUCGAGAAGCACUACUUCAAAUUCUCCGUGUAUCAAAACUUAUAUUGGAAAAUUGUACAAAUAGACACUUCUCUAGUUUUUUUGAGCAGCAUCUGUCUGCCCUUCUAGCAUCAACAGAUGCGGAUAUUGUUGAAGCAAGCUUGCAGACAUUAAUGGCAUUUGUAGACAAGUCAGUUGGGAAAAGCUCAAUACGCAGUGCAUCUCUCGCUUCAAAGUUAUUUGCCUUAUCUCAAGGCUGGGGUGGAAAAGAAGGUGGUCUUGGAUUAGUAGCAUGUUCUCUACCCAGUGUAUCUGAUCCAGUUUCCACUGAGGUUGGAUCCACACUCCAUUUUGAGUUCUAUCGUGCUGCUGAUAAAUCAGAGAAAUCCCAGUGUCUAGAGAAAGAGAACAAGUUGGAAGUAAUUCAUUUAUCGAAUGUCAAUUCGUGCAAGGAGGCAGAUCUUGAAAUAUUGGACAGGUUGGUCAAGGAUUACAGUGUGCCACAAGCUUUAAGGUUUCUUCUUCUUACAAGACUGAGAUUUGCAAGGGCUUUUGACUCUUUAACAUGUCGACACCAGUAUAUCUGUAUCCGCUUGUAUGCUUUUAUUGUUCUUGUCCAAGCAGGCCAUGAUCUGGAAGUUGUAUCAACAUUUUUGAACAAUGAACCAGAAUUCAUUGAUGAGCUGUUAUCACUACUUAGCUAUGAGGAUGAGAUACCCGAAAAGAUUCGGAUACUGGGAGUCCUUUCAUUAGUCGCACUGUGCCAAGAUCGACCUCACCAGCCUACUGUAUUGUCCUCGGUAACUUCUGGUGGUCAUCGGGGUAUCCUUCCUAUUCUCAUGCAGAAUACAGUGGAUUCUAUCAUCAAUGGUUCUAUGAAAUGGUCCAUAAUAUUUGCUGAAGCACUUCUUUCGCUUGUAUCUAUGCUGGUAUCAUCAACACCAGGUUCUCUAGCUCUACAAGAAGCAGGUUUUAUACCAACUAUUUUGCCUCUUCUCAAAGACACAAACACGCAACAUUUACAUCUAGUUAGUAAGGCAGUGCAUGUUAUUGAGAGCUUCCUGGAUUAUCACAAUCCUUCUUCAGCAGUGUUCAGAGAUCUAGGUGGACUAGAUGACACUAUUGCUCGUCUUAAGCUAGAAGUAUCUCAAGUUGAGGUUGAUUCAAAACUAAUUGACCAUUCUACCAAUGAAGGAAACGAGGUUGAAAGUUAUCCACCUGUGCAAGAUAUACAACCUUCAUGUUCUGAAUCCUUGAUUUUGUAUCAUAGGAAGAACUUAAUAAAAGUUUUAUUACGUACAAUAUCUCUGGCAACAUAUGUGCCUGGUAGUUCUGCUCGUGUUGAUGGUUCAGAAGAGAAUGUGUUACCUCCAUGUUUAUGUGCGAUUUUUAAGAGAGGCAAGGACUUCGGUGGUGGUGUUUUCUCACUUGCUGCAAAUGUUAUGAGUGAUCUCAUACAUAAAGAUCCAACAUGCUAUACUGUUCUUGAUUCAGCUGGUUUGCCACAAGCAUUUCUUGAUGCCAUAAUGUGUGGUGGACUUUACAACUCCGAUGCAGUCUCAUGUAUACCACAGUGUUUGGAUGCAUUGUGCCUGAACAAUAAUGGUCUUCAAUUGGUAAAGGACCGGAAUGCUUUAAGAUGUUUUGUGAAAAUCUUUACGUCUAGAUCAUAUAUGAAAGCUCUUAGUGGUGACACAGCGGGAGCUUUAUCAAGUGGACUUGAUGAAUUAAUGCGUCAUGCACCAUCAUUACGAUCCUCUGGAGUUAGCAUGUUUAUUGAAAUCUUGAACACUAUUUUUAAAGUGUGGUGUGGUGUAGACUCUAUCCCCUAUAAGGAAUCUGAUAAUUACUCUGCAGUUAUUCCCAUGGAUACUGAUGUGGUGGUUGCUACCUCACAGAGUGAGGGUGUACCUCCUGAGGUAGGAUGCUCAGGCGAAACAGUUGAUGCUCCUUUAGAUGCUGUAACAUCAUCAUCCAUUGAGUUAUUUCUUCCUGAGUGCAUAUGCAAUGUUGCUCGCCUGCUUGAAACUGUUCUGCAAAAUGCUGAUAUAUGUAGGCUAUUUAUUGAGAAAAAAGGCAUAGAAGCUGUUCUUCAACUGUUUAAGUUGCCAUCAAUACCUGUAUCUGUCUCAAUUGGUCAGAGUAUUUCUGUUGCAUUCAAAAACUUCUCACCUCAGCAUUCUGUUUCUCUUGCACGAGCAGUGUGCUCAUUCUUUAGAGACCACCUUAAAAUAACCAAUGAACUGUUGGGUUCGAUCUCUGGAACUAUGCUGGUUGGUAGUGAACCUGCAAAGCAAUCAGCUCUUCUGAAGCCACUUUCUACCCUUGAAGGGCUUUUGUCUAUUGCCAAUUUUCUCCUGAAGGGAACUACCAUUAUGGUCUCAGAACUGGCUUUUGCUGAUGCCGAGAUAUUGAAGGAAUUGGGGAAGGUUUAUAUUGAAGUCACAUGGCAGAUAUCUUUACUCAGUGAUUCUAAGGUGGAUACGCAAGAUGCAGAUCAAGAUGAUUUGGCUGAGGAAGCUUCAAUUUCUGAAAGGGAUAGUGAUGAUGACACAAAUACAGCACCACUUUCAAGAUAUAUGAAUCCUGUUUCAGCAAGGGCUUCUAUAUCACCGUGGAGCAUGGAGCAAGAUUUUGUAUCAACUGUGCGAUCUGUUUCCCACAUGCACCACCAUGGUCGACACUCAUUAUCAAGGAUAAGUGGGCGCCUAAAUGGAGUGUUGAAUGCAACAAGUACUGAUUUGGAUGGUCCUUGUUUUCCAGCAGAGACAUCAAGGCGUCAUGAUGCUCUAAAGAGAAUCCCUGAUGAUGUUGUUUCUGAACUUCUGAAGAAAUUUUGUUGUACCAUGCGUUCCUUCCUUUCUACCCUUGUCAAAGGAUUACCGGCUCAUCGUCGGCCUGACUCUAACCUUAACCCAAAUUCGAGAAGUCUUGUGACUGCACUAGCUCAAUUUUUCCUUAGUGCUCUUGGUUUCUCUGGGCAUUCUACUGCUGGUUUUGAGAUGUCUUUAUCUGUGAAAUGCCGUUACCUUGGAAAGGUUGUGGAAGACAUGGCUGUGCUUACAUUUGACAGUAGACGUCGCUUAUGCAAUUCUGCACUCGUUAAUAGCUUCUAUGUUAAUGGAACAUUCAAGGAUGUUCUAACGACCUUUGAAGCAACCAGUCAGCUACUGUGGACACUUCCUUUCUCUGUCCUUGCUGCUGCCACAGAUCAAGGUUCCUCUAUUAAUGAGAAGGUGUCUCACAAUUCCUGGCUGCUGGAUACGUUACAGAGUUACUGUAAAUUUCUGGAAUAUUAUGUGAACUCCACGUUCUUAUUGUCUCCAUCCUCUUCUCAUAAUCGGCUUCUUGUCCAGCCUAUUGUAACUGAGCUGUCAAUUAAUCUAUUCCCUGUGCCUUCAGAUCCAGAAUCAUUUGCGCGCAUGCUCCAAUCUCAAGUUCUUGAUGCAGUUCUUCCUGUUUGGAAUCAUACAAUGUUUCCUGUGUGCAACCCAGCUUUUGUUACCUCCCUGGUGUCAAUUAUGAACAAUAUAUGCUCUGUUGUUGGAGAUAUGAAGCAAAGCCGCAGUAGUGUUGGAGUUGCCAAUCAGCGUGUUACUGGCCCCCCUCUUGAUGAAUCUGCUAUUGCUACAAUUGUUGAAAUGGGAUUUUCAAGGGCUAGGGCAGAAGAAUCUCUUAGAAGUGUGAGAACUAACAGCGUGGAGAUGGCAACAGAUUGGUUAUUCAACCAUCCAGAAGAUUCUGUCCAGGAAGAUGUGCAGCUUGCACAAGCGUUAGCUUUGUCACUUGGAAGCUCCAUUGAAACACCCAAGGAGGAUGGAAGCAAUAAGAAUGAUACAGUCAUUGCUGAAGAAAAAGGUGUAUUUGUGCUUCCUUUGGAUGACAUCCUUACUGUAUCGACCAAGCUUUUCCAGUCUAGUGAUUCCACCUUGGCUUUCCCAUUGACUGACCUUCUAGCGACACUGUGCAACCGGAAUAAGAGCGAAUACUGCAAGCGAGUAGUAUUGUAUCUUUUUGAGCAGUUAAGACAUUUUUCGUCAGAUGCCACGGAUAUGGGUGCUUUGUAUUCUGUUGCUCAUGUGCUGGCUUUGCUUCUGAGUGAAGACAGUGGCAUACGUGAAACUAGUGCUGAAAAUGGUGUCAUCUCCCAAGUUCUUAACAUAUUAGGAAGUCUUAAAUCAAGGACAGACCAGACAGAUCAUACUUGGAAUUCUAUCAGUGCUCUGUUGCUUAUAUUGUAUAACAUGCUACAAUUUAAUCCAAAACUCAGUAUGGAAACAAUGGAUGGUAUAUCCAAGUCAAUUUCUGAUGCAUCCAGUGCUGACAGCGAGGAAAAUCCAUUACCAACUGCUGAACAUAGAACUGAAAUUAUUGAUUCAGCAGAUGAUGCAAGUGCAAAUGUUUUUAAAAAGAUUUUAGGGAAAUCUACUGGCUAUUUGAAUGAUCAAGAGAGCCAAAAGGCACUGGUUUUCUGCUGUGAAUUCAUUAAGCUAUGUGUGCCUGCAACAGUUAUGCAUGCUGUGCUUCAGCUCAGUGCUCGCUUGACAAAAACACACGCGCUUGCUGCUCUAUUCUUUGAAAGUGGUGGGUUAGCAUCUCUCUUAAAUCUCCCAGGCACUUGCAUCUUUCCUGGCUUUGAGACCUUAGCAUCUGCUAUUGUGCGGCACCUCAUUGAGGAUCCCCAGACCUUGCAGAGUGCCAUGGAAUUGGAGAUACGACAGUCAUUAAGUAACCAUGGCAGUCGUACUCCAAGCUCAUUUCUUACAAAUAUGGCACCACUGAUAUCUAGAGAUCCUGUGAUCUUCAUGAAGGCUGCAACUUCAGUCUGCCAAUUGGAUUAUUCAGGAGGGAGAUUGAAUGUAGUCUUGUUGAAGGACAAGGAGAAAGACAGAGAGAAACAGAAUGUUCCUGUAACAGAAAGUGGUGUGCCAUGUAAUGAGCCUGUUCGGGUGACUGCUGAGGUUAAGACGGUUGAUACACCAAACAGAUGUUCACGGAACCACAAAAAGGUUCCUGCUAGUCUUCCUCAAGUGAUUGAUCAGCUUCUUGAGAUCAUCAUGAGCUAUCCAUCUGCAAGCAAAGAACAUGGGUUUGAUGGUUAUUCCCUGUUGACUCCAAUGGAUGUUGAUGAACCAAAUACAAAGGGCAAAUCUAAAGUUGGUGAUGGCCAAGAACUGGAUGGUGAUGCUUUCUCUGAGAGGUCUGCCUUGCUAUCAAAGUUUGCAUUUGUCCUUAAGUUGAUGAGUGAAAUACUCCUUAUGUAUGUGCAUGCAGUAGGGAUAAUUCUGAGACGGGAUACAGAGAUAUCAGUGUCACGAAGUUGCGCUCAAGGUGCUGGACACAGUGGUUUACUGCAUCAUAUAUUCUAUCUGCUACUUCCUCUACCUUCAGUCAAAAUUGCUGAUACCUCAGAUGAUUGGAUUGGUAAUUUGUCUGAGAGAGCUUCCUGGUUCUUGGUAGCUUUAUGCUGCAGAUCUGCUGAAGGUCGUAGAAGGGUUGUUUCUGAAAUUGUAAAGGCACUUAACCAAUUCAUUGGUUCAGCAAGCAACACCUCCAGAGGAUCUUUAAUACCUGACAGAAAAGUUUUGGCUUUCUCUGAGCUUGUGAAUUCCAUAUUGUCAAGGAAUAGUCAGAGCAAUUUGCCUGUUCUUGGCUGCUCACCUGAUAUUGCAAAACCUAUGGUAGAUGGUGGAAUGGUGCAAUCUCUUUCUGUUUUGCUGAAAGUAAUUGAUCUUGACCACCCAGAUGCUGUAAGGGUUGUCAACCUGAUAUUGAAGGCUUUGGAUAGCCUCACUAGGACUGCUUACACCACCGAUCAAGUCCUCAAUUCAGAUCGAUUUACCAAGAACAGAUUACCAGGGUCACAUGAACAAACACAUGAAGCUGAUGACAUUGUAAUCCCUGAACAAACUACAUACGAUUCACAUCAUCAUACUAAUGACAUCGAAUCUGCAAGUCAGCAAGCUCAAGAACUGUCUCAUGUUGGUGGAAAUAAUAACGAAAACCUUGACCAACCUGCUGAACAAGAAAUGGGAGUUGAUCUAGCAGACAAUAGUACUUCUAAUGGCAAUCCUCCAACAAGAGCUGUGCAGUUCAUGCGGGAAGAACCUAUUGAAGGUAAUGUAAUGGCUCCUAGUACUGAUAUUGGUUUGGCUUUCUCAAUGCAACAUCAAGUUGAUGGAAUGGGUGUGGAAGACGAGGAUCUUGGGGAGGAAAGUGAGGACGAAGAAGAUGAGGAAAUAGCAGCUGAGGGAGCUGGUUUGAUGUCCAUAGCUGACACAGAUAUCGAGGACCAGGAGAACAAUGCAAUUGGUGAUGAUUACAAUGAUGACCUUAUGGAUGAAGAAGAUGACGACUUUCUUGAGAACCAUGUUAUAGAAGUAAGAUGGAGGGAGAGCUUAACUCGAAUGGAUUAUGAUCAUCAUCUGAGAUUUUCCAGGGGUCGUGCAGACUCCAGUGGUUUUAUUGAUAUAUCUUCUGAGUCAUUUCAUGGUGUGGGGACAGUUGAUUCAUUUAAUCUGCAUCGUUCGUUUGGUCUUGAACGGCGGCGCCAAAUCGGAAGUAGGUCGCUUCUUGAUCGACCAAGGACCGAUGUGAAUGCCUUUCUUCAUCCACUGCUUGUCAGGCCAGCACAGUCUAGGGAGGGAACUAAUUCAGCGUGGCCCUCUGGAGGAACUUCCUCAAGAGAUUUUCACAUGCUGUCUUUUGACAUCCCCUCGUACAUGUUAGAUGCUGGCUUUUCACCAGAAACUGCUCCCCCAGUGUUUGGUGAACGUGUUGUCAGUACUGCUCCACCACCUUUGAUAGAUUUCUCACUUGGUAUGGAUUCCCUUAGAAUUAGGCGGGGCCCUGGAGAUAAUUUGUGGACCGAUGAUGGUCAACCACAGGCAGGUAAUCAUGCAGCUGCUAUUGCCCAGGCAGUGGAGGAUCAUUUUGUGUCACAGUUAACUGUGGCUAAUAAUUCAAAUAGUGCUCCUCAGGUGCGGCCUGAACAGACUGGCAACGGUGCGAAUGCGCACUCAGAGUUACCAGAUACAGGAAAUGCUGAACCUGUUACAACCGAUCCACUUUCUCAACCUGUUGGUCGGCAUCAGCUAGUUUGUACUGUUAACCAAGGACCUGUCCCUGCUAAUGAUGUCCUCUGUCCUACAGAUGUGCACGUAAAUCAGCACCUUGUUGAUUCCAUUUAUGAUAGCCGCGUUGUAGAACCGGUGCAGCAAACAGCAGCCGGUGAUCCUAACACUAUACCUCAGAGUGAUGAAAUGAUGUGUAUUGCUGGUACACAGCUUGGUGGUCAUCCUGAAAGAGAUUCCUUGUCUGGUAAUGGAAGUUAUGGUAAUAUUAUGCAAAAUGAGAUUGAAGCACCUCAACAAGUUCACUUGGGUAAUGAUCCUAGGGAACCCCCAUCUGAUCUGGAGUCAAGUUGCCAUGCACUUGUCACUUCUGCAAGUGCUGCUCCUGAGCUGAGUGAUGCUCAUGUAGAUUCUUCAGCAGUCAAUGCUGAUGUUGACAUGAACAUCGUUGAUAUUGCUGAAAAUGAAGUUGGGAACUCAGCUCCUGCUUCUGAUGGCAAUGAUUUGUCUUCUAGGAGAUAUGAAGAUGCUCUUCAAGAGCCUCAGACAGUGCAAACUAAUGCUAUUAAUGAGGCCUCCAGCGCUAAUGAAAUUGAUCCCACAUUUCUUGAAGCAUUGCCUGAGGAUCUUCGGGCAGAAGUCCUUGCUUCUCAGCAGAACCGUUCUGCCCCAGCUGCUUCCUAUACUCCCCCAGCUGCAGAAGAAAUAGAUCCUGAGUUUUUGGCUGCUCUUCCACCAGACAUACAGGCUGAGGUUCUAGCCCAGCAGCGAGCACAGAGGAUUGCCCACUCUCAACCAGCUGGACAGCCAGUAGAUAUGGAUAAUGCUUCAAUUAUAGCAACUUUCCCUCCUGAUUUACGUGAAGAGGUGCUUUUGACCUCAUCAGAAGCUGUUCUGUCUGCCCUUCCUUCAGCUUUACUUGCUGAAGCUCAAAUGCUACGGGACAGAGAGUUGAGUCGCUAUCGUGCUAGAGGGAGCCUUUUUGGUGGAAGCUACAGGCUUGGAGGGAGGAGGCUGCCAACUGAUAAUCAGACAGUUAUAGACAGAGCUGUUGGUGUUACUGUGGGUAGAAGGGUUAUUUCUACUACAUGCAGUUCAAAGGGUAAAGAUGUGGAGGGGACCCCACUUCUAGACUCAGAAGCUCUUCGGGCACUUAUUCGCCUUCUGCAGCUUGCUCCACCACUCAGCAGAGGCCUUCUUCAAAGGCUUAUGUCCAAUUUAUGUGCACAUAGUGUCACACGUGUCACCUUGGUUGGCCAUCUGCUCAACAUGAUUAAACCUGAAUAUGAGGGGCUUAGCGUAUCUGAUUGCAUGGCUACAUAUAGAUUACAUGGAUGUCAUUGGAACAUUGUUUAUGCACAAUCUUGCUCUGCAAAUGGUGUACCACCACUUGUAACACGCCGACUUCUUGAAAUAUUGACAUAUCUUGCUUCAGCUAGUCCUUCUGUUGUGGAUCUUUUGAUCUAUUUCAAUCCUUCAGCUAGUCCAAACUGUUUGACAUUACAGCACAAUAAAGAGACAUCUCAAGAAAGUUCAAUGCAGAAUAUGAUGCCACCAUAUUCAAAGGCUUAUACACCUAUUAUAUUGCUUCUUAAGCUUCUAAAUAAACCCUUAUUUCUGCGGAGUCGAGUAUACCUUGAGAAGGUGUUGUAUUUGCUUGAAGUAGUUAUUAACAAUGCUGCAUCCCAAGUUGAUUGUCCACCUCACUCUGUACAGAUAACUAACAAUUCAGAUAUUGAAUUCGUUGAUGGGACACCAUAUCAAACACAGGUGGAACCAUCUACUUUGGAACAAGGUCAUAUCCCGGAUAAUAACCAAAGUAGAGAUGUUGAGGUCCCACCAUCUUGUGCUAAACUGGAUGUUAAUGUGCAUGCAAUCCUUACCCAACUUCCUGAUGCUGAAUUGCAUAAUCUGUGCAAUAUUCUUGCACUUGAGGGUCUUCCAGAUAAAGUGUACUCACUUGCGGCAGAGGUGGUGAAAAAAUUGGCUAGUGUUGCAGCAUCGCAUCGGAAAUUCUUUUCCAUUGAGUUAGCUGGUGUUGCUCAGAGUUUAAGUUCUUCUGCCGUUGAGGAGCUUGUAACCCUGAAGAACACUCAAAUGCUUGGGCUCAGUACUUGCUCUAUGGCUGGAGCUGCGAUUUUGCGGAUACUGCAAGUCCUAUCUACACUAACUUCGUGUGUGAUGGAUAGUAGACAUGAGCAAGAUUUAGGACAGGAAGAGCAGUCUUUUUUGUGGGAUCUGAAUGCUGGUCUUCAACCUUUGUGGCAAGAGUUAAGUGAUUGUAUAAGUGCCACAGAGGCAAAACUUGUACACAAUUCAUCAUUCGCUUCCCAUGCCCCAUCGGUGGAUGCUUUAGCAGUUAGUGCUUCAUCAUCUGUUUCUUCACCGCUUCCUCCAGGCACUCAGCGCUUGUUGCCGUUCAUAGAAUCAUUCUUUGUCCUAUGUGAGAAGCUUCAAACAAAUCAACCAGUUGCACAAUCAGAUUACACUGUUAUUGCCCCUGAAGUAAAAGAAUCUGCUGGAAGUUCAUCUUCACCUUCACUGAAGACUGGUGGAACUUGCAAUGUUACUUUUAUAAGGAUUGCUGAAAAGCAUCGACGGCUGCUCAACGUUUUCAUUAGACAAAACCCAAGCAUACUGGAGAAGUCACUUUCUAUGAUGUUGAAAGUGCCAAGGCUGAUAGAUUUUGACAACAAACGUGCUUACUUUCGGUCACGUAUCAGACAGCAGCAUGAUCAGCACCUUCCAGCUCCUCUACACAUUAGUGUUCGCAGGGCUUAUGUUUUGGAUGACUCAUAUAAUCAGUUGAGAUUACGUCGUACCCAGGAUCUCAAAGGUCGUUUGACUGUGCAAUUUCAAGGGGAAGAGGGCAUAGAUGCAGGAGGACUAACUAGGGAGUGGUAUCAACUGCUCUCUAGAGUUAUUUUUGACAAAGGAACUCUUCUUUUCACUACAGUUGGAAACAAUGCGACUUUCCAGCCUAAUCCAAACUCAGAUUUUCAAACGGAGCACCUUUCUUACUUCAAGUUUGUUGGUCGAGUGGUUGCUAAAGCGUUAUUUGAUGGCCAAUUGUUGGACGUCCACUUCACCCGUUCAUUUUACAAACAUAUCUUAGGUGCUAAAGUAACAUAUCAUGAUAUAGAGGCUAUUGAUCCUGAUUACUACAGAAAUUUGAAGUGGAUGCUGGAGAAUGAUGUAAGUGACCUUCCCUAUUUAACAUUUAGCAUGGAUCCUGAUGAGGAAAAACAUAUUCUCUAUGAGAAGACCGAGGUUACCGAUUAUGAGCUAAAACCGGGUGGAAGAAACAUCAGGGUUACUGAGGAAACAAAACAAGAAUAUGUUGACCUUGUAGCUGAACAUAUACUGACCACAGCAAUUCGUCCUCAAAUCAAUGGUUUCCUUGAAGGCUUCACAGAGUUAGUUCCAAGGGAUCUAAUAUCGCUAUUCAAUGAUAAAGAACUUGAACUGCUGAUCAGUGGUCUUCCUGAAAUUGACUUGGAUGAUCUGAAGGCCAACACGGAAUAUAUAGGAUAUUCAGCUGCAUCUCCUGUUAUCCAGUGGUUCUGGGAAGUUGUUAGAGCAUUCAGCAAGGAGGACAUGGCGAGACUACUACAGUUCGUUACCGGAACAUCUAAGGUACCAUUGGAGGGUUUCAAAGCGCUACAAGGUAUCUCUGGCCCCCAGAGAUUUCAGAUUUACAAGGCGUAUGGAUCUCCUGGUCGACUUCCAUCUGCUCAUACCUGCUUUAACCAGUUGGAUUUACCGGAAUAUACCUCAAAGGAGCAAUUAGAAGAACGACUGCUUCUUGCCAUUCAUGAAGCUAGUGAAGGUUUUGGCUUUGGUUGAUUGGUUCCUCGGGAGGUUGUAAAGCGUGCACUGGGUCAUUGGUUUUCUGCUUGACAUGUACAGUUUUGCAGAUUUUGAAGGCAAUUGAGAUGGUCAGUGCUAUGCAUAACAUAGAUCGAUCCAUUGGUCUUUUUAGGAGUGCUCAUGCUGCAGUAGGGAUCUAAUUUAUUAUUCCGGAUAGUCGAUGAGUAUGUCGAUCGGGUUGGGUACAGUAGUAGAGCUCUGCGACAAGAGCGCUGAUACAACUAGCUUCCUUUUGCCUUCUAAUUAAAAGGUUGAAUGUAAAUUCGUUUAAUGCUGAUACCAGUUCUGAUGAUUUUUGUACUGGUUCCUCCGAUUCUGGAGGCCAGUGCAAUUUCUGCAAAUAAAUAAGCCUUCUGGUGAAGCAAUGGUUCUUA